AUGAUCAACCGGAGAACCAUCUCGGCCCUGUUCGCCGGGGCCGCCCUGAGCUCGGCAUGCACGAUCCCGACAGAACCCCUCGACAACAACAUUGCCUAUCCUUUCCGUGCGCAGGUCCAGAAUGCCAGCCGGCCUGAGGUGCACAACCAAUACCUGAACCUGCUCCAAGCAGGCGGCGGUGAUCACCAUCUCUUCAUUGGCCCGGUCGGCGUCCCCACCUACGAUUUGACUCUCGUGGACGGUGUCAUCAACCAUGUGCCGAACGGCGUCCGUCUUGUGAUCGGCGGCGAGAUUGACCACACCACCAAGCUGUUCUCGACCGGCCGCGGCGACGACCGUGCCAUCUUCGAGCCUACGUACGCCUGCAACCCGGACACCGACGAGCUCCAGAUCGAGCUGCGCUUUGUGACCUGGCAGAACCAUCCCACAGGCGGUCACGUUUGCGUCCGCCACGCCUUCGAUGGAAGCCACGAAUUCCGGUACUCACCACCGGGCAACACCCUGAUCGACGUCAACCGCGAAUGCAUCAAAGUCACCCUCGUCGUCAUCCCCACCACUGACCUCCCCCCACCCACCAGCAGCAGCACCACCCUCAGCACCGUCACCAUCCCAGCCACCUCCACCACCAGCGCCGCCGGCCCGACCGGCACGCCCACGGCGCCCUUCACCGACCUGACCGCCUCUGGCUUCCGCUUCCUGGGCUGCGCGCCCGAGGAGCGGUGGACGACGGACGGGCCGUUCCGCACGCUGUCGGGGGCCAGCGAGGCGUCGACCGACGCCAUGACCAACGAGCGGUGCGCGGCCUUCUGCACGGCCCGCGGGUUCCGGUACGCCGGCACCGAGUGGCGCCAGGAGUGCUGGUGCGGCGACGAGGUCGCGGCCACGCGCGUGCCGGCGACCACGGCGGCGAGCUUGGAGAAUUGUAAGUAUGUCUGCACGGGCGACUCGACGCAGUAUUGUGGGGGGGAUGCGUGGUUGAGCUUGUAUGAGAAGUGUGCGGAGGGCGGGCCGUGUGAGAAUGUGGUCUUUACUUGA